CUCGACCUACCUCAUCGAGUGCACUUGGGCCAUGGUCAGAACACGCUCUCAAGGAUCUACGCCCACUCUCACAGUGUAUGGAGCGACGUCGUUCACAGCGAGAGAGUUAUUGAGGUAUCUCGAUCAUCAUCCGGAUGGAGAAUCAUUCAACCUCAUCUUGUCAGGGAGAAAUGAAGAAAAGUUGAAGGCUGCGACGAAAGAUAUGAAGAGGGACAAGGAGCUGGUGGCAUGUGAACUGACAGAUGAAGAGAGUGUCAGGGAUUUGGUCGAUCGCUCGACAGUCAUUAUCAAUCUUGCUGGUCCGUUCAGAGAACAUCAUGCCGAAGCUCUGAUCCGAGCAUGCGCAGCUACUGGUACACACUAUCUUGACUUAUGUGGAGAACGUUACUUUCUAGGCAAAGUGAUCAUACCAAAAUACGACUAUCAGGCGUCCACCACUGGAUCUUGUAUCGUCAUCGCCUCGGGGUUCGACUCCAUUCCGUCCGACAUGUCGCUGUAUCUUGCCCUGCGGACACUUCAGUCCUCCUACCCAGACGCCAGUAUCGCAUCGUCUCGGGCUUUCUUCAAGACUGGAGGAUCACCAUCAGGUGGAACGAUGGCAUCAGCGAAAUCUGAAGCCGAGACCCCUGCCGAAGAGAAGAUCGUGAAGAAGGGAGAAUGGAUGCUGACGUCAGCCUCCGGCCCUACACCUCCCCCACAACUAGUCUACGAAUCGAGUCACCCAUCUCUUCCUCGUUCUCUGACCGGAGGAUUCUUCUUCAUGUACCCUUUCAACUGCUGCGUUGUCCGACGAUCCUGGUUUCUCUCUCGACUGUCGGAAGACGCCACGGGCAUCAAGAGGGGGGAUGAACCCAGGCACGGCGACAAGCUGGAGUACACCGAAGCACUGCAGACCAGGAGCUGGAUCGAAUCCAUCAUCGUCUCACUCGGCUUGAUGCUCUUUGGUCUAGUAUUCUUCGGAUCAACACUGACCCGAAACAUCCUCUUGUGGUUGUUGCCUUCGCCGGGAUCAGGACCUUCUGACAAGUCUUUGAGGUCUGGAGGCUUAGAGCUUACUAGCAUCUCGAAGACAACCGCUCAAGGCGUUACCGUGGUCACGACUUGCAAGCAUAAGGGGGAUCCAGGCUACAUAGCCACGAACUACAUGAUUGUCGAAGCCGCGCUAUCACUAAUUCUACCGCCUCCAUCUGAUACAAAGCUCCCUCCGCUGGCAUCUAAGGGCGGCGUAUUAACACCUAGCACUGCUCUUGGGAUGGUUCUGAUAGAGCGUCUGAAUCAGAGUGGAAAAGUGAUCUGGGACUGCAAGUUGCACGAUGAUAGUAAAGGCCAUAGGGAUUGAUGCAGGUCUGAUAGACUUUCCCAGUGGAAGCAUGCAGACAUCGUGAUAGAGG